GCGAGCGAGCAUGAACCAGUUUGCCACUGAGCGUGAUUGGAACCAGUACCACACACCAAGGAAUCUGCUGCUGGCGAUGGUUGGCGAAGUCGGAGAGCUCUCGGAAAUAUUCCAGUGGCGGGGCGAGGUGGCGCCCGGGCUGCCCGACUGGUCCCAGCAGGACCGCAAGCGGCUGGAGCACGAGCUCAGCGACGUGCUGCUGUACCUGGUGCGGCUGUCGCACGUGUGCGGCGUAGACCUGCCGGCCGCCGCCAGCCGCAAGAUGGCGCACAACGCCCGCAAGUACCCGGCCGACCGCGUGCGCGGCGACAGCCGCAAGUACGACGAGUACCACGAGUUCCGGCAGCGCGAGACGCCCGACGGCGAGGAGAGCAGCUAGCGGCCGGCGCGCGCAGUGGGUGUGGGUGGCCACAGCUCGGACGCCGGCCUCGCUGGUGGCUGAGAGCGAUCCUGCUGGAGCCGGGGAUCGGACCCGCCCGCAUCCCGCUGUGAGAACGGAACGCUUGCUAUCCAGCUGAGAAAGAGAAGAGAGAAUCUUGUUCAUCAAUACAUCGGAUGCGGUUGCUCUAGGUCGCAUGCAUUCCUUCAGGCUAGAAUGAUAGUCAUCUGACAUUGGAGGAUUAGCGCUGGAAAGGAACCUCGUUUUGCAGACGUAUCUGUACUUUUGAUAUAGCAGGCUUUUUCUCAGGAAAGUGCUGAUCCUCUUUUGUGAAUGGAGACAGGAGUGCCGCGUUGUCUUCCGAUUUUCUUGACAUGAGGCUGAUUACCCACGGUUACCGGAUCUAGCCAUGCUCAUGAUGUUGGACAUUCCAUCUGGUAUUGCCACCUAUUAUUGUGUUCCGGUGUUGCUCUGCGGCAUCCAUUUCCCGGGAGAUUGUUUGUCACGCACCUGCGCACCGGUUCUCGUUCCGAGUCCCGUCCUAUGGGGAUCGCCUCAUUGCCCCGACGCACGCACUCGGUGACGGCUGGUGUCUUCGGACUUUCGGCGUCCGACGUUCCCUCACUGACCUCUUCGCGAUGACCUACACGCGGUUGGGGAUUUUCACCGUUUUAUUAGUUUUUAGUGGAUUUGUUUUGUUGACAAGUAACAAUAAACAGUGUUGCGGCACAUCGUUGGACCCUCA